AUGUCCUCUUCUCACCGAUUAUUUGGUCUCUCCUCCACUGACAGUUCACGUGCAGGCAGUGGUGGUGGUGAAGAUGACAAGAUGGCUCGUCAAUCCUACAUGCUCGAAGAGACUGACAAGAACAGUGUCUACUACCAAGCCAUCAUGAUGACAUCAUCAAACAACAACAACAACAACAACACUGUUGAGAACUCCUCCAUCCGUCAUUCAGUAAAAUUCAAACCACCUCCUCCACCACCUCCUCCACUUUCUGCAGAGAAGGAAGAAAUGACUUCUUCUGGUGGUUAUUAUGAUUCGCACCAGUCCUUUCUCGAUAGCUUUAAGAAUACAGCAGCAAGAAGUCGACAAAGUUAUCAACCAGUCUCUAAAAGUAGACGUGAUGCCGAUGCUCAUCGAUUUCUCAAUCCCCAAUCAUCAUGCUCACCAUUGAGUUCUUCAUUGAACGACAACAAUGAUGAUGAGGAUCACCACCACUCACGAGUAUCUUCCCUUUCAGUGGUAGAUAAGGAAAUUCUUGAUUCCAUCCAUUGGGCCAAUAAUCAGAGUGGUUUAUAUCCAAAUGAAACCAUUCAUUCCAUAUGGAAUCAUCAUCAAGUGACAAGUAAUGGUGGUGAUGGUAAUGGUGAUGGUAAUAAUAAUAGUAAUGGUGAUAAUAAUAGUGGUGAUGGAUGGAAUUCAAUGUUUCGUGAGACUCUUUCCAAUUUUGCCUUCUCUCGUAUUUUAGGAAGUUAUUUUGAUCAAUUUGGAUUAAAUUCACUCUUUGUGAUUCAUUCCAAUAGUGAUAAGGAAAGAAUUUACAACAAGAUUUAUGAUCAAUUAUAUUCAAGAGUAUACAAUGUAGUGACUGGAUGUAUGGAACAGAAUGAAGAUACUUCCUAUUUGAAUAUUAUUUUACAAUAUAUCCAUCAUCGAAAAAGUAGAAUUCUCUACAUUUUGAGAUCCUUUUCAGCAUGUCUAUUUUUGAAUUGUUUGUUAUUGGAUUUCAUGGAAUAUUGUCGAACAACAAUCAUGUUGAAUCCAAUAAUUGGUUCAACUCCUUCUACCUUUUUGAAUCAUCACAGUAGUAAUACUACAACUACUACUAAUUUAUUCAUUACAGCUAUUCAACCAUUGUGGGAAUUAAUGGAACAAUCCACCACCACCACCCAUUCCAUUAAACAACAAGUUCCAAUAAUGGAUGUUGGGACGAAUACUCAAAAGGAUGUAUCACCACACUACAGAGGUUCAACCAGCAGUAAUGAUCAUUUCAUGGAUGAUAAAGAUGAACUAGCAAUGGCUAUUUUCAGUGUUGGAAAAGAAGAUACACGAUUAUCCAUGAGUGUUAAGAAUUUAGAAGAAGAGGAAGAUCAAGACAACAAGAGGAUGAUGACCAUUCCACCAAAACCUACCAAAAAAUCACCACCACCACCACCCAUUCCUGAACAGAAUCCAAACAAUGAUCAACAACAAGAACAAACAGUGGUGGUGGUGGUGGUGGAGGCAUCAUCUUCACCUCCCAUGAUUCCUCAAAACAAACCUCCAAAACCUCAAGUGAAACCAUUUCAAGUGAAUCCUACUAGUGCUGCUGUUACUGCUGCUUCUACUAGUGGUAAUGAAAAGGAUAACCAUUCUGCAAUCUCUUCUUCUCAACAUCAACCACCACUCUCCUCUCCAAAGAAUUCUCAAUCAUCCAAUCAUCAUUCGAAACAAACAAACAACAAACGUGUCAAUGAUAUCACAAGAAUUCAAAAAUCAAAAUCAGUGUCAUUGGAUAUGGAUCGAUUUGGUGGAAUUGGAAGUACUCCUCCUCAUACUCUCGAUAAUGUCAUUGCGAAAAAGACAAAACGUGUUCAGAAUAGAGCUAAACCAUCCUCUAAUUCCAAUGCAUUGAAGAGUGAAUUAGAACGAGUAGAACGAGAUGCAGUGCAAGAAUCAAUGAAUAAUAUUGGAGAAGAAAAUAAGGAUGUGUCUGGAGUGAGUGGAAGUGUCAUGAUGACAUUACCUGGAAGAGGAGGUGGCAAUAGUGGCAAUAGUGGUGGUGGUUUAUUUAAAAAGAAGGAUAUUUUAGGAUUCUUUUCAAGUAAGAAGAGUGGUGGUACGAGUACGAAUACUACCAAUACCACCGCAGCUACUACAAGUGCUACUACUACUACGAGUGACAAUCAUGCUGUUCUGGGUAUUACUGCUACAACUGCCACAACGGAUUCGAGCGGUAUGAGUAGUAGUAGUAGUAGUAGUGGUGGUGGUGAGAUAAAAAAGCCUCCCGUUCCAACCUCAAAGCCUCAACUCUCUCAAAACUCACAACAAAACUCUCAAAGUAGUAGUAGUAGUAGUGGUGGUUCAAGUGUUGAUGUGUCAGGUACUAGUAGUACUAAUAAUAUGACCAAUUCAAGUGGUAUGAGUGGUACUUCUAAGAAGAUCAUUGGAGCUGUACCCAUUGCUGGUAUGGUUGGAGGAGUGAGUUAUAUGAGUGGUGCUAGUGGUGGCACUGCGAGUGUUCCUUCCUUCCUCAAAAAGAAGAAUCUCUCUGAGAAUACUUCCCAUUCAGAUUCAUCACAGACUGUUGUUGAUUCCAAUAAUAAUGCAACAACAACUACAACAACACCCAAUACACCAUCAUCAUCAUCUUCUAAUCCAACCUUUGUGAGAGGUACAGCACCACCUGUACCAGGAUCAAAGAAGAAAGAUACACCUCCACCACCUUUAUCACAACAACAAGAUAUGGAUCAACAAUCAACCUCCUCGACCAACAACAACAACAUGAUCAUUUCAACUACAACAACUACAACACCAUUGACCAGAAAGAAAGAUUCUCCUCCUCCACCACCACCACCACCACCACCACCUGUAGAGGAUGACAUGAAUAGUAAUGAGAAAAUGACAAGCAUUGUCACCUCAGUUAGUUAUGGAAGUUUUAAAAAGAAAGAUACACCUCCUCCUCCACCACCUCCACCACAAGAGGAAGAGGAGGAUCAAAUACAUCCUCCUCCACUUGCUGUAAUGACCCAUGUUGGUCAACCUGGUGGAAGUUUUAAAAAGAAAGAUACUCCUCCUCCAAUGACAACAUUUUUACAAGAGAAACCUAAAAAACCAGAGACACCACCAUCUCUUCAAAGUUCUAGUUCGGAUAUUAAUAACAAUGGUGGUGGUAUCAAUCAAGUCGAUUUCAGAUCCAAUCUCAAGAAACGAGGAGAGACUACUACGACACCUUCAUCCACAACCACCACCUCAGCAACAACACCUCCUCCUCCUAUCAACACCACCACCACCACGAGUAGUAAUAAUAAUUAUAAUAAUACUGCAACAACAACUCCUCCUUCUGCACUAGAAAAACCCUCUAAAAAAGCUCCUCCACCACCACCACCUUCAGAAGAAGUGUCGUCAUCUAAUGUUGCAACAACAACUCCAAAAUCAAUCAUUGGUGGUGUGAAUAUUCUUGGUGGAGGUAUCAAUCAAGUAGAUUUUAGAUCAGCACUGAAGAAGAGAGAAAGUGUUGUGAUGAGUGGAAGUCUUCAUUCAACGACGACAACAACAACAACAACAACAACAACUGAAUCCUCUUCUCCAACUCAAUCCACUACUAGUACUCCACCAUCAUCAUUGAACAACUCUUCACCCACGAUGAUGACUGGUCAAAGUGGUGGUUUAAAGAAAUCCACACCACCACCAUCACCAUCCUCUCAACAACAACCACCACCAACCACGACGACGACGACAAGCACUGCUGCAACUCAUCAACAACAUUCCAACUCUCCAACAUCCUCCAAAGGAGAAUCAACAACAUCAGCAAUUACCAAUGAUUCCAGUAAUAGUACAGUUAAUCAAGUUGAUUUUAGAUCCAUUCUCAAAAAGAGAAAAGAAUAG